AUGGCACCGGAGGCGCGAGGCGAGGCGGCGCCGGUGUACAGGGACGCAUCGGCGCCGGUGGAGGCGCGGGUGCGGGACCUGCUGGGCCGCAUGACGCUGCGUGAGAAGGCGGCGCAGAUGGCCCAGAUCGAGCGCACCGUCGCGACGCCGCGCGCCCUCGCGGAGCUCGGGGCCGGCAGCGUCCUCAACGCCGGGGGAAGCACGCCCCGCGACCGAGCCUCCCCCGCCGACUGGGCCGCCAUGGUCGACGGCAUGCAGCGCCUCGCGCUCUCCUCCCGCCUCGGCGUCCCCAUCCUCUACGGCACCGACGCCGUACACGGCCACAACAACGUCUACGGCGCCACCGUGUUCCCUCACAACGUCGGUCUCGGCGCCUCCAGGGACGGAGAGCUCGCGCGUAGGAUCGGCGAGGCGACGGCGCUCGAGGUUCGGGCCACUGGCAUCCACUGGACCUUCGCACCCUGCGUCGCCGUCUGUCGGGAUCCUAGGUGGGGUAGAUGCUACGAAAGCUACAGCGAGGACCCAGAGAUCGUGCGCUCGUUGACCACCAUCGUCAGCGGUCUGCAGGGGCAGCCGCCAGCAGACCAUCCUCAUGGUUACCCCUUCCUCGCUUCGCCUAGGGAGAAUGUACUUGCUUGCGCUAAGCAUUUCGUAGGGGAUGGUGGCACGGACAAGGGGGUGAAUGAAGGGAACGCCAUUUGCUCCUAUGAGGAUUUGGAAGCAAUCCAUAUGACACCUUACCCUGAUUGUAUAGCUCAAGGGGUGGCAACAGUAAUGGCGUCUUACUCUAAAUGGAAUGGGGAGCCAUUGCAUUCGAGUCGCUACUUGCUGACUGAUGUUCUGAAGGGCAAGUUAGGCUUUAAGGGUCUUCUCAUUUCAGAUUGGGAGGGCAUUGACAGGAUCUGUGAGCCACAAAAGCCUCGAGGGUCUGAUUAUCGCUAUUGCAUUGCACAAUCAGUAAAUGCAGGAAUGGACAUGAUUAUGAUACCUCACAGGUUUGAGAAUUUUUUGGAUGAUAUUGUGUUCUUGGUGGAGGCGGGGGAGAUACCAAUGUCUCGAAUUGAUGAUGCUGUUGAGCGAAUUCUGAGGGUUAAAUUUAUUUCUGGAGUGUUUGAGCAUCCAUUUUCAGACCAAUCUCUACUGGACACAGUUGGUUGUAAGGAACAUCGAUUACUAGGGCGUGAGGCUGUUCGCAAGUCUUUGGUACUUCUGAAAAAUGGCAAGGAUCAGGAGCCAUUCCUUCCAUUGGCCAGAGAUGCAAAAAGAAUACUGGUUGCAGGAACACAUGCUGACGAUAUUGGAUAUCAAUGUGGUGGGUGGACGAUAGCAUGGCAUGGAGACAGUGGAAAAAUAACUCCUGGUACGAGCAUAUUGGAGGCCAUACAAGAAUCCGUGGGAGUGCAAACUGAAGUUGUGUAUGAGAAAUGCCCAACAGAAGCUAUGAUUGAAACUGGGGGUUUUUCCUAUGCGGUGGUUGUUGUUGGAGAGGUUCCAUAUGCUGAAUGGACAGGAGAUAGAACUGACCUUAGUAUCCCGUUUAAUGGCUCUGAUCUUAUCACCUGUGUUGCUAGUAAAAUCCCUACGCUAGUGAUUGUUAUAUCUGGAAGGCCAUUGAUUAUUGAGUCACAAGUUUUGGAAAAGAUAGAAGCUCUAGUUGCUGCCUGGCUUCCUGGAACUGAGGGCAUGGGAAUUACCGAUUGCCUCUUUGGAGAUCAUGAUUUUGUCGGCACAUUGUCUGUGACAUGGUAUAGGUCUGUUGAUCAAUUGCCUAUAAAUGCUGGAGAUGCUAACUAUGACCCGCUAUUCCCUGUUGGAUAUGGGCUGAAAAUGUUUCGAAGUGAUGAUGAUUCAGCAUAA